UUUAUGACAAAAAAAGGAAGAAUAAUUUGUUUAGUACUUUUGUUUUUUAUAUUUAGUUAGAGUAUAAAGACCUAAAUAGUUAAUACAUAGAAGUAUUUAAUCAUACAACAAAAUGAAUAAUACAUCUCAUAUCUAAAUGAGUUUGUAUCAGAACCUAUAAUUGAAGUGAAUUUAGCGGAUGCCGCAUAAGCCUAAAUACUUUAGCCAUAUUAAUAAUUCUAAACUUAUUAAGAUUAAUUACCAUUAUUAGAUUAUUUAGCUUCUAUAGAUUCAGGAGAUUCAUCAAAAUAUAUUAUUUCAGUCAAAUAAUAAUAUUUAAGUCAAUCAUAUCUUUAAAUUCUUCUCAUAUAUCAGUAAUUUUCCAUAGAUUUUGGAUGUUCAUGCUUGAAAUUAGUAGCAUCUAUUUACUAAUAGUUAGACAUAGUUAAAGAAAGAGCUUAGUCCUUUUAUGGAAGCUUUUAUUCAAAAUCCUAAGGAUUCGUUUCAUAUACUAAUGUGGAUAAUUAAUCUAAGUCCUUUAGAUACUAAAUAAAUUCUUAAGGUUAGAUUGAAAUAAAUCCUCUAGACAAUAUAACACUCUUUAAGCAUAUUGCAAUACCUGGACCAUAGAAAUAUAUCUAUAUAAUUUAGGCAGACGCUGGAGAAUACUAACUAAUAAAGUUAGACUCUUAAUUCAAAUAAGUAUUCCUUAAAAGCGUAUUUGAACAAUGCUAAAUUGAGCAAUUUUAAGUUGACACUGGAAAAUACUUAUUUAAAUACUGCAGAUCUAUGAGUUCUUCAUUUAUUAAAGUAGCGUCACUAGAUUUUACUGAUGAAAGCCUUGUCUUUUAAGUAAUAAAGUUAAAUAAUUUAUCUAAUUUGAAGAUUGAUUAUAUGUAGGCAAAAAGGAUAGGAAACAAUCUAAUUAUUUGCUUGAUAGCUAAUAAGGAUUUAACAAUAUUUAAAUUUAUUUCAAAUGAGAGUAUAAUAUAGUAACCACUUUAAUAAUAAUCAAUAAAAUAAUUUAAAUUAUAAUAAUUUUAAAUGAUAGAAUUUAUUUCAUCAAAAUUAAUGGUUUUGUUUUCUGAUAAUUAUUUAUAUUUAUUUGAUAUUGAUAAGUAAUUAGCAGUUUAUUAAAAACAAGUAUGUGAAGAUAGAUUAAGUAUUAAAUUUACUCUUAAUGUAGGUAAUAAAAUUUUACUUUACAUAUAUAAUAAUAUCAAUAAAUACUCGAUUACUAUAUCAGCUGAAAUAAAUAUACCAUAAAUUGUUAUAUAAACUGAUUCUAUGACAAUUUUACCUAUUGAACUAUCUAUUAAAACAACAUCAUAAACUACUUAUUAAUUAUAGAUAGUACCUAAGAUUGAUGAACAAAAUUAAAUAUUUUUUUCAUAAAGCUAGAUUAGUUUACAAAAAACAAUUCAAAAUUUCUCAUAAAUAGGUUAGUACAUCAUUCCUAUUGAAGAUUAUAUUUAAGGAUCAGAUGUUAAUUUAAUUGCCACUGAUUAUGUAGAUCCAAAUAUGAUUUCAAAUUAUAAAGUUAUUAAAUAUUUAGAGGUAAAGAAUACUGAUUAAAUUAAAUUAGAUCAAAAUUGUACUUGUUAUCAAACAGAUGGAUAUUUUUCUUCAAUUUUCUUGUGUUCUAAAGAUUUACCAAAUAUAGGCUAAGUCUAUGACCUAUAUGGGGCAAAAACAUCAGCUAUUUUGCAAAGUAGUUAACCAUAAGGAAGAAUCUAAUUAUUGAAUUGCUAAACUUGGAUUUAUUACUCAAUUAACCAAAUUGAUAAUUAAGGUUCUUUCACUCUUAAAAUUAACAAAAAUUAAUCUGAAUUUAGUAUUUUUAUUCCAUUUGUUCACUUUUCUGAUGGGGAGUAAUUUCAGUUAAACUAAAUAUAAGUAUCAUGCGCUGAAUCAAAUUUCGCAUUUGCUACUGAUCCUGCUUACAGAAUAUUAUUUACUUUUUGUGGUGAAAAAAUUACUUAAUAUAUUUUCAGAUUUUAAAAAAGUGAAUACGCUCAAAUAAUUAGUACUACAGAUUUAUCAGCUAUUUUUUCAAAAAAUCCCAACUUAAUAUGCAUCUAAGGAGUAUUGUUUAUCUACAACAGUUAGUCAAUUAUUGCUUACAAUUAUAUUAAUUAAGGAUUAAUUGGCGAGAUAAAUGUUCCAACUAUUAUCCAAGGCAAAGAAUAAUAGCUGACUCUAUUUAUGAACUCCUUUUUGAUUACAGUUAUUGAUGAUCCUCUCAAAACUAUUGCAUAAUACUCAUAUAAUAAUUUUAAAACCAAAACUCCUUAUUUUAUGAGAAAUUUAUAAAUUGAUUCCAACCAUCCUGUGAGUAAUAAUGGAAUAAUCAUCCCAAAAAGACAUUCAAUUUAAGAAUAUGCAUAUAUUUAAUCUACAUAAAAAAAUACUUUUUACUUAUACAGGAUAAAUAGUAAAUCGUGGUCAAAUUAGCUCUUUACAACUUUGACUUUUGAUCCUAAAAAAACAGUUAUCGCUCCUAAUAUCUUGUAUUCAAUUAAUUCUGAAUCUUCUAUUAUUGUUCUUAAUGAAGUAAGCGUUUUAUAUGAUAUUAAUAUAGGUGUGGAUCAAUUCAAUUAAAAUUUACAAUUUAGUAGUGAAAUAUUGGUUUCGAUAGCUAAUCAAUAAGAUUCAUAAUUUAGAACAAGGAUAAUGAAAAAGUAAUUAGAGGUAAUUUAAAACAUGAGCUAAUUGUAAAGUUAAGAAAUGAACUAGCUCCGAAUAACAAUUAUUGUGAAUAGAGACGCUAAUACAAAAUAUGGAAUAGUUGAUCAUGGAAAAUUUACUAUUUAGAAAUUUAUAUAAAGGAUUGGAAACAAAUAAAAAUAUGAAGACACAGAAAACUAUUUUUGUGAUACAUAGAUUUUCAAUAGUUGUAUUUUAGGUUGGGAAAGUGAUUAGUAUUCUAGUGUCAUUAAUAGAAUCAUCGUUUAUAGAGACAAUGAAAAUAUUGAUAAGAUUUUUAGUAUUCUUUAUAACUAAUAAGCAACUAUCAGACUCCUUGAAGAAGACAUAAAUAGUUUUUUUAGAAUAAUAGGAAAUUUUAAGCGUUGCUAAAUUUUAGAUGAUAAAGCAUCAAUUGAAUAUUUUGAUGAAUUCUAUCAUUUCAAUCUGUACGUUAUUUGUUAUGAAAAAAUUUAUAGAUAUAAAAUUUAAUACCAAAUUAGUGGAGAAAUAAUUAAAAAUGCUUAGGUUUCACGUCCAGAUAUUUAUAAUCUGAAUUAAUCAGAAAUUUAAAUUUCUUAAUUCAUUAGAAUAAUUAGCUAUCAGGGUUUAAUUUACAUUUACUUACAUGAUUCUAUGUAACCAUAUUUACUAAAUUUUAAUGAUAAGAACAAAGAAGUCUCUUUGUUAAAGCAAAGUAAUAGUUUCUAUUCUUUGAUGAAUAUUCAUGUUUUAAAUGAAUAUAAUACUCAAAUUUUGAUUUAUCCUUCAGGGCUGAUUUAACAGAUAGAUAGAAACAGUGAUGAUGUUAGAGUUUACAAUAUUUAAGAUCUUUUAAAACAAUUUAGUUUUAUUGUAUAAAAAGAUGAUUACAUUUAUUCAAUUCAGUAGUAUUAAGACACUCAAUUUUUAAUAGCUUUUAGAAAUUCUUUCAUAUAUGAUAUAACUUUUAGUAUUAAUGCAAGUAAAUAGCUUGAAAUAAUUUAAGCCUAUUAAUAUUAUUACUAAGACGCAUUCUCUUAUUUUAUUUUAGGGUUCAAGGGCAAUCAAUAUACCGUUUUUAUUGGAUACAAUUAAUAUAAAACAUAAUAAAUUGUUACUCUUUACUCAAGCCAAGUAUAAUAAUCAAAUAUUUAUCUCAUACAAUCAGCUGAAACUUUAGACAUAAAAAAUUAUUUUAAUUUCCCUUAAUAUAUAAGUGAAUAAAACAACUUCAAUUUUGACAUUUAGUAUUGCAAUAGUACAGAAUAUUUAUCGCUAACAAUUUCAGAUAACAUAUUUGUCAAAGUACAGGUUUUUAAAGAUUAAAUUUCUACUCAAAAAGUUAUAUCAUCUCUUUAACUCAAAUAGUAAAAUAAUCCAAAUAAUUUAAUAACUUUUUCUUACAUUUAAUAUGGAAACAAAGAUUAAAAUUCAAACACUUUUGCUAAUAAUUCAAUAUUCAAAAUAAUAUUAUUAAUAUUUUUAUUUCUAUGUUAAUUCGUAUGA